ACUAAUCUACGUGGCUAUGUCGAGAUUUGCUUGCAAUGUUUAAUUUGUUUCACAUUAUGGUGAUAUUGUGGUGUUUGACACCGACGCACGGGCUGCGCAGCGUCCCGCAGUACGCGCGGGACGUGUCGGAGCACUGCAAGCGGCGCGACGCGCUGCCCUCGGUGUUCCUCAGCCGCAGGGUCAUGGACGCCGACGCGCAGGUGCUCCACUUCUCCAGGCUGGACGUGCCUUAUAGCUGUUUUACUACUGUAAGAACGGAGCCCGGCCAUAGCAUAAUCAUGGUGGUAGAAUUGUCGCCUGGCCAAUUGCAGCAAGAGUUCUGUACUGACGGAUAUCAGCUUGGAGUGUUCGAGUACACUGAAACGUUCGGCGGGUACUGGGGCCCGAUACCGGACGCCGUUCUUAAACGGGACCCGCAAGACCCGGUGUACACUAAGCAGUAUACCCUGGCGACUAAGUCGACGACGCCUGUCACACCCCGGACUACAGAAAGUACAGUUAGCAUUCCUAAAACGACAUUAUCAACCUCUAGUAAACCUACAGCUGUAACGCAGGAUUUUAUCACAAUAGAAGUGCCGUUGGUCAACCUCUCUGCUACUUUGGUACCUAUAGACCCUCAAGACCAAAAACCGUUUGAUGUAGACGAGUUUUUUGAUCAAUUUUAUGAUGUGGUGCCGAGGCCUGGGCAGCCAUACAAGACCAGUAUUUUGCCGUUGGUACAAAUAGCAGUGAAGGAACAGGAAGGCGACGGAGAACCCAGAUACGAACUUGAUUAUGCCGUGGGACCAUUUACGCCAGAUCAAAGACUGACGACACCUGCACUGUCAAUGACAUCAACGCACAUCAAUACAAAUAGAAACAGUAACAGAUGGAAAAAGAAGAAGUUGCAGAACAAGCGCGUGGAACCAAAAACAAACAACUCGCCGCGUACGAGAGAACCUGUCGACUCCCGUAAAUUUUUCAGAAAAGAAUACUCACUCCCAACCACUAGCCAUAGGCCGUCCAACGACGCUAUUCUUCCCCAAGAACUAGAAAACAAAUAUGAGGACACUAAAGAAAAGAAACCAAUCAAUCUGGUAGAUGAUGUCAUACAAUCACUAAACGAAAGUGGGGGUUUGAAACCACAGGAACUAACCAACGACAGCGAUGUUUUUACAUUAUUAAAUAAGUGGGAUAAUAGUUACCGAAACUUGAGUGUAUAUUUGGACCCGUAUCCUAAUAUAACUGAGAUUCCUAUUCGAGGCACAACGGAAAGUGUUUUAAGAAAACGAUCUUUGUCGGGGACGUUGGUGGAUCACGAAUCGUGGGAAAAUGUGGUGCAAUCAGCGCCAGUGAUGGCCGGACUGCUGAAUCAACACGGUUCUGAACUUUUAAAACCACAGGCCAAGCGUAGCUUACGGCGGAGGCGGCACAUCUCGGCCAUCAUGGUGGACGACGCUCGUCCGCACCGCCGCGUCACCACGAGCACGCCGUUGCUGCAGCCGAGCGCGUUCAACGCCAUAGAUAUGCACGAAUUCGCGCGACUCAUCGAGCUCCCGGAUGACCAGAUGAAUAACCACGUGACGAUAAAACUGAAUCCCAAAACGAGUGCCCAGUUGUUCGAUAUGUGCAGCGCGUACAACGGAACUAAAACCAGAUUCAUGGUCGUGUUCAACUCGUCGAGGGUAAUACUGAGCAUUGACAACUUUACGAUGGCGCACGUCAUGGUGGCUCUGACGACGGCGCGGCCGCUGGCGCUGCUGGAGCCGCAGUGUCCGCAGAACCUGGUGGAGUGCCAGGUGGAGGGCACCCGCCUCUGUAUCGACAGCACCAACGCCUGCGACGGCAUACCGAACUGUGGAUCCGCAUAUGCCUACGACGAAGACCGCGUGUUAUGUGGCGUAAUCGACCGGCAGCGCAGCGUGUACCUCGCCGCGGCCACCUGCCUGGCGGUGUUGGUCACGAUGCUCUACAUCACACACUACUGGCUUCGCAUAUGCGUGCCCAAAGUAGCGGAGGCAUUCUUCGUCUACUACGAUAGCGCCGACAAUGAGUUGUAUUUGGACUCAAUUAUGCGCUCUCCGAUGGAUACUGAUCGCGACCAAUAUAUGUACAAUAGCGCUCUUUUUGACGAAGAGAAUAUGUUAUAUUCCCAAAACACAAAAAAAUCCACAAAUAUUUUUCAGCGCGCGUUUUCUUUUUUCCACAAAAUGAACUUAUUUAGGCAACGGGGACCGUCGAUUAAAUUAGAAGAAGUGCAUGGAGCCGGAAGAUCGUUAUCUACAGAAGUGCCUCGAAAUAACUCAUUUACUGAGUCCGAACUGCUCAGCAUGAUGAGCGACGGAAGAGAUCAAGAAGUACAAACAGGAGAGAGCUUAGAAAUGGCAUAUUUAAAAGUGAUAAACUGCUUGAAAGAAAGAGAAUCUGACAAGAGGCCAACCAAAGAACGCCUACCUUCAGUACAUAAUGUAGUAUUAAGAGAUUUAUUAAAAGCCAAAUUAUCUAGUUCUUUGGAUACGAGUCUAGGUUCACCCGGUCCGUCUGGAAGGAGCGCGGUCCUUGCGUCUGUACCCGGUUUAGAAGAAAAAGAAAUUCAUAGCACUUUAUAUGAUCCCGGCACAAGUAAGAGUUCAAACCCAGAGAAAAUAAAAUCUUCGGGUAGUGGAGCAAAACGGGGUAGAAAGUGUUUGAGAUUUAAUGAACACGCUACUUUCAUACCCCGGGACGACGAGGAGGGCGACGAUCCCACGGAGACGGAAGAAUUGUUGACGGGAAAACGAUCACAUAAAAAAAAUGAUGAUAAUAAUACAGAACAUGGAGGUUCAGAUUUCAGAAAUUUCUUUAGAAAGAAGAAAGAUCAUAAAUAAUAACUUAUACAAUAUGUAGUAUCUA